GGGGCCCCAGUGGCCGGGCGACCAUGCCGGGGGCGGCGGCGGCGGCGGCGGCGGCGGGAGCGGUGAUGCUGCCGGCGCAGGAGGCGGCCAAGCUGUACCACACCAACUACGUGCGGAACUCUCGGGCCAUCGGCGUGCUGUGGGCCAUCUUCACCAUCUGCUUCGCCAUCGUCAACGUGGUGUGCUUCUUCCAGCCCUACUGGAUCGGCGACGGCGUGGACACCCCGCAGGCGGGCUACUUCGGGCUCUUCCAGUUCUGCACCGAGCAGGGCAUCUCCCGCGAGAUCGCCUGCGCCGGCAGCUUCGCGGACUUCGCCGGCAUCCCCUCGGGAGCCUUCCAAGCCGCCUCCUUUUUCAUCGGGCUCUCCAUGGUGCUGAUCAUUGCUUGCAUCGUCUGCUUCAUCCUCUUCUUCUUCUGCAACACCGCCACCGUCUACAAAAUCUGUGCCUGGAUGCAGCUCAGCUCCGCUGCUUGUCUUAUCCUGGGCUGUAUGAUUUAUCCUGACGGCUGGGAUGCAGAAGCGGUGAAAAAGAUGUGUGGGGAGAAGACGGACAAGUACACCCUGGGGGCUUGUUCAAUCCGCUGGGCGUAUAUCUUGGCUAUCAUUGGAAUUCUGGAUGCCCUUAUUCUCUCCUUCCUGGCAUUUGUACUUGGCAAUAGACAAGACAGCUUACUUGCAGAGGAACUCAAGCUGGAAAACAAAGAUGAUGGGAAUGCUUAAUACAAGCAAAGGUAGUGUGAAUCUGACAAAUUUCUGCUAAGCCAAUCCUCACUAGAAUGAGCACAAAACAAAACCAAGUGACAACUUUUGUACAUCAUCAUUAAACCGGAAGAAGCUUGAGAAGCCUGUGAUGAAGACUGUUGACAAGUGUAAAAAAUCUGAUUGCCAAGAGCUGCCUUCUAAACAUAGAUCAGCGAGACAUGCAAGUGGUUCUCUGGAGGGAGAUUCAAUCGUGGAUCUACCCACCAGCUCAUUAGAAACUGCCUCUGAAUGCAAUGUUCAGAAGGUGUGCAUGAAAAGUCACGUAAGGGGGAUAACUUUCAAAGGGGGUAUAGUUGUCACUAGAGAAACAUAUUAAUAUUCAUGCAUCAAUGAGGUUUGUACACUCUUUUUAUUAAUUGGCUGAAAAGCGAAAUGCUUAAAAACAGACAUUCAUGAACCAGAGGCUGUUAAGUUAGAAAAUUCUUGUUCCAGUAGCUGAGAUGAUGUGGUUUUAGAUUCAGAAUAUUUACAAACAGUAUUUUCUUGUCUUACGCAACAGGCAAGAUGGUAGGAUUUUUACCCCAUCAUUUCUGUGCCUUAGUGGCCCUUCCUGGUAUGAUUAGUUAGAGACACACUACUUCUCAGAUUCUCUUGCACAUAUAGUGGUUGCAUUGAAUUCUCAUUCUAAGUGUAAAUGAUGUGAGAUGGUGGCUCCCAGAUUGUACUUACAGUAUUUAAAGACUUCAAUCCUAAAUACACUUUUUAAUUAUUUGGGAGUAAAUCCCAUGGAGCUCAGUGGGAUUUAUUUCUGAGUAUAUGCUUCAUUCUGUUUAUGAUUGCAGUAGGAGGACCAGGUCUUCCACUAUAGCAGGAGAUUGCCCACCCCAUGAUAUAGUGGAAGUGAAGCAGCAGGAGGAACUUAGGGAAGUGAUGUUGCAGUGAUGCCAGGAUGUCACUUCUGGUCACAUAACAACAAGUAAUGGCACACAGUGCUGUAGCAAUUCCACUUUCCAUUAUGUGACCAAGAACUAAUAUCAUGAGACACCAUACAAUGCUGGUCCCAUCACCCAAAGCACCUGAGAUUUGCAAGCCUGUCAAAGACUUAACUCAGACUUUGGAGUGGCACAACACCAAUCCAUGGGCUCUGAACCAGAACUCCAGGCACCAAUAUAUAUAUAUUUUUAAAUUAUUAAAGAAAGAUAUUAAAACAUAAGUUUAAACAGUGAACACAAAAUCAAGGUGCAAUUCAGUUACACAAAUUAAACAACAAAGCUAAAGUCUACAUACCAGAAAGAAAUACUUGCGCAGGUGAAAGAUACUGGAUAUUUUCAGUCCAUGUACAAAGUUCCAAUAGAAUUUUCAAGCAGAGUAAAGGGCAAAGCAUCGAACAAAGUUGUUGUUCACUGAUAUAAUUAGUUUAUGGAUUAGGCUGGCCACUACAGGUGAUCAUUUAUUAACUAAUCAGGGCAUACUAUGGUCAAAAUGUUGUGGAUGAUGAGCAAACCUACCCCUCCCCUCUAAAAUGAAGCUUUUCCAAUUAUUCUCCAAUGAACCAGUUCCGGUUAGUCAAAAUUAACAAAGAUUAUUUCAUGCCCUCUAACAAGCACUAUGACCUUGGAGAGACAGCACAUUCCCAGUUAACAACACCUGCUUUCUAAACCCUCUGUGCUUAUAAAAAAGGCAAAAAAAAAUUCUAGGCCUUCAGCAAACAAAAUGGAUUUUCUCUUGGCAAAGUCCUUGGCCGGGAACUCUAGAUUGCACUGACACUCUCAUUAAAUAGAAGGAAACCAGGGAAGGAUGAAUAUUCCAUUGUACCCAAAGUCUGCCUUCUUGAAGAUGCCAUCCUUCUCUGCCUCAUGUUAGGGGCAGCCCUGUUUGGUGAGAGGUUGCUGACAUCAGAGUGCAAAGAGCUGUGGCUCUGUGUUUUGUUUAAUGUUUUACAAGGCUUAUCUGACAUGAAAUGUGUGAAAUUCACCACUUUUGAAGGGAUUAGCACUCGAUGAACAUUGUAGAACAGGUUUAGGGCCAAUGUAGAUUCUGAUCUGGCAUCUGAAAUACAGUAACGGACAGUUGCUGUAAAGUACUUUUGCAUUCAUAAGUGCUAAGCAAAUAUUCUGUACAAAUUAUUUCUGUCUAGGUUUAAGAGAUCCCACAGUGAUUAUUCCAAGUAGAAUAAUACAGGGAGCAAGCAAAUGGCUCUAAUAGUUGUAUCAUGUGAGGCAAAAAGUUUCACCUAUAGUGAAACUGACUUCAUUGCAACAUGUGCUUUUCUGGAUGUUUUAAGUCAAAUCUGGAAAUUGGUUUGAAUGAGGUGAACACAUACAAGGAGGCAGAAGUUGUUUCAGAGGAAGCAGAUUUUGCUGUUUGGCAGAUGGCUGUCGUUCAUGCUCAGUGAUUCAGAAUUAGCGACAGCAUCCUUUAAAGUUCCACCUUUAUUUUCCUUUGCUGACUAGAUUUCAUGAGUGGUUUAUGACUACACUAGAGAUCUCCCCAACCUCACAGCAGUACAUCUUGCUUAUACCACACAACACUUAGUAAUUAUACCAGAUCAAAACUGGUAUCUGUUUACCACAGAGGGCAUGAAAUGAGGAUGCUGUGCAUUCGGUCCAGUUCUGAACUGAGCACCAGAGAAGUACCCCUGUAAUAUCAAAGGCUUUUUAGACAUUCAAGCAAACUGGGGUUUACAUUUUUACAUUUUUUGAAUAAAUAUGUACAAAAUCCAUGUGUGUUGGAGAACCAAUCUCAGAAACUCUUGUCUGCUUAAAACGCCUAUGGAUUUGCUGAAAGUAUAUAGACAAGGGUGUAUGUUUUCAAAUAAACUAGGUUUGUUUUUCCCUCGUGUUCAUAUAGCCCCUGUUUAGGCUGAAUGUUUACCCAAAGAAGUUGCUGAUGCCAGACAUUGUUCAGAAGCUAGUCACAGGUUUUGAACUGUGUAAUUCUGUUCACUUCUAAAAUUACAGGGAAUUAUUGGGUUCAUCAAAGUCUUGAACCAAAGUCAUUAGAACUAUAGUAUUAUCUUAUUCAUCUUGAAUAGCCUGGAACAUCCUAAGAGCAACAAGCUGUCAAGUCAAACAGACUCAUGGCGUACAGUUAAACAGGAGUAAUAUUUGCAUGUACCUGCAAACACACAUGAACAACACACACAUGAACACAUGAGUGCCCAGCCGCUGAUUAGGUGCCCCUUCUAUUCUAUUCCUCCGGUUUUUGGAGUCCCCCUGUCAUCUAGGGGACCCA